CGGGUAUGGUUGAAUAGGGUUGGCGGUGUGGUUGUGGGUGUAGGUUGACCGGGGUUCGAACUGGCAACUCCCCGGGGCGGUAAUGUCGUCGGUGGAAGCGUAACAUUAUUAGAGGCGAAUUUCCCUCAAAUGAAAUGUGUACUGUACGGUGUGUGGCGGGCCCGUGAGUGCUCCUGCUGACGCCCUCCUCCACUGUGCUGACGCCGCGCCCACUCACCGACAGACCAGUGUGUGUCGAACUCCCUGAAGGCUAAGGACAGAUAUAAGGGGAUAAAAAGAGGACAAAUUAGAUUGGUUAUUGUGGUUUUUGUGAGCUUUUCGCCCGCAUCAUCCCGCCUCGUCACUGGCUCGCUUCUACAUCGCUCGACCACACGAGAGAUUGAGUGCACGAAGAACAAGGACGAAAUAAAAUUGUGCGGUGUGCGGGGCGUCAUGUUGGCCGUCAUGUCCGGCGUGAAGAGGGAACGUCCCCCAAGCCCCGCCUCCCCCACCCCCCACCACCACCACAACGCCCACCACCACCCCCACCACCUCCCGCACCCCUCCACCACCACACCGCCCACACCGCCCUCGCCGCUACCCAUGAACGAGCCGCUGAACUUCUCCCGCCCACGCCCGCCCUCCCCGGACUCCUUCACGAACAACCUGCACGCGCGCCUCAACCUGGAGAUGGCGCGCGCGGGGCUGGGCAUGGGGCGGCUGGGCGGGCUGGGCGGGGCGCAACACCACCCACGCCUCAGCAGUCUGGUGCCGCCCCUCCUCCCCGCCUCCUCGCUCUUCCCACACCUUCGCUUCAGCGCCGAGGAAGGGGAGGAGCGCGGCCUGAAGAGACCCCUAGAUGACCUUGACCUGUCCCCGCUGGAGGGUCCGCCGCGGCCCCGUCUGGAGCCGCCCCACCUGGAGGAACCCCGCCGGAAGCAGCGCCGCUACCGCACCACUUUCACCACCUACCAGCUGGAGGAGAUGGAGAAGGUGUUCCUCAAGACGCAGUACCCGGACGUGGUGACCAGGGAGGAGCUGGCCAUGAAGAUCGGGCUGACGGAGGCGAGGAUUCAAGUGUGGUUCCAGAAUCGACGCGCUAAGUGGAGGAAACAGGAGAAAAGUCUGAACGGCGGGUCCUCGGCCUCCCCCUACGCCUCCCUCUCCAGCAAGCUCAGCGCAGCCUUCCCCAGCUACGCCCGCCCGCAGACCUCCAAGCCCCACGACGUUCACCGCUUUCCCCCGUCCCUCCUCUACUCACAGACUCCCCCGUCCUCUUCCUCCUCCCCCUCCCCCGCCCCGGCCUCCCCCUCCUCCUCAUCCUCGUCUUCCUCCCCUGCUACCACUCAGAGCGUCUUCCCGCCCCUGCUGCCGCUCGUCAGGGACCAUCGCAACGCCGCCGCCGCCGCUGCCGCCGCCGCCGCCUACAGGUACCCACUCUUCAACUCCCUGAGCAGCCCCCUCCUGUACCCUCCGUCCUUCCACGCCCUGCUCGCCCAGCUCUCCGCCCAACACAAGGCAGAGUCCGCCCAAGACGUUCCCUCCCACCCCACACCGGAGGCCGCCCACACCCCGGUAGCUACUGACGGAGGCUCUGACGGGUUGUCGACACAGGCGAACUCGCUGGACGAUGGCCUGGACGGCUGCCCAAACAAAUCUCUGAAGACUGAGAACGAGGAGGUGGCGGAGAAGGAACAGGAAGAGGAAGAGGAAGAGGAGGAGGAGGAGGAGGAGCAGCCGAGGAGUAGCUCAGCGUACAUGUCCCUGGGCCUGAAGGGUUUGGACCCCCGUGCCUCUGAGCUGCCGCGGCCGAUAGACAUGAAGGGGCUGGCGGCGCUGCGGGCGCUGGAGCAGUACCGCACGCUGGACCUCAACGCCCUCGAGGACUACCGCAAGGCCCUGGAGGUACGCUCCCUCGAGGCCCGCGCCGCCCAGAUCACCCACGCCCGCGCCCAGGCUGAAGCGCGGUAUUCCCAGCCUUCCACGCCCUCCCCGGACCCCGCCCCCCAGCCGCACACGCCCCCAGUGUCCCCCGCCCUGCACGAGGACUCGCAGCCUGCCAAGCGUCCUGAGUAUCACAUAGACGCCCUGCUGAAGAAGGAGGUGUGAGGCUCGCCGCCUGCCCUGCCUCAGGCCCUCUCUGUUCACACCUCCCUGCUGCCGUCCAUCCCUCUGUCCCUUCCCUGACCCUACCUACCUCCCGACACUCUUCCCAAAACUCCUUCCUUCCUUCCUCCUUACACUCUGAAGUACAUCCUCAUUCCUUUCCUACCUGUCUUCCGUCUGCCCUCCGUCCAUUACCUGUAAGAUAUUACAGAGCUGAACUGUAUUAUGUACCGAUUAAAGCAACAAAUCGUUACUUCCAUUAAUAAUAAUUAUCUUAAGUAACAUGUAUGUACAGUUCAGUUUGUUAUAGUAAGAUAAUACCCCUGAGUCUAAUUAGUAUUGCUGCUAUUACUACUUUAACCACCAAUGUGUGUAGUAUUAACAACCCAACAAACAGUAUUCAUUACAUACGUACAUUAAGGCAUCAGUCAGGAAGUUAGCUUAGUAUUACUCCUCCCCGGUGUAAGGAACUGGUGUGUUAUGGUUACUGAGUCAAUUUAGUUUCACUCCGUAAUUAGUUUUUAGGCAUUUUUAGUUUCAGUGUGUUGUUUCAGUGUUUCGUCUAAGUUUACAGAGUUUCGUAAUCCGUCUCGUUUCGUUGCGUUGUAAUAUUAUGUGUCCUACGUAUAAGUUAGUUUCAUCGUGUUGUUUGUAUAGUUUCGGAACCUGUUUGUGUAGUCUUGAGUGUGUUUGUUAUACCUUUAGGGGACUCAUUAGUCAGUCAUGAGCCGCACCUGUCUGGCGGCGACGGAGCUAACGACCAAAUGUUACGGAUAAGUGUGGCGCGUGCCCUGCCAGUCACGGCCGUCACCCGCACACAGCACCACGCGUAGCAGAAGUAGCCUCUACCACCACGCAUACACAUUGCCACGCAGCCACUAUACAUAUCCACUUGACAUCAACCUGUAUUCUUACCUGUAAUAGACAAACAUAACCACUACCGUCAGACACACACAUUGCCACGCAGCCACUAUACAUAUCCACUUGACAUCAACCUGUAUUCUUACCUGUAAUAGACAAACAUAGCCUCUACCGCCACGCAUACACAUUGCCACGCAGCCACUAUACAUAUCCACUUACCUGUAUACGUAAACAUCCAUACCUGUAAUAGACAAACAUAGCCUCUACCGUCAGGCACACAUAUUACCACGUAGCCACUAUAUACAUUCACUUGACAUGAGCCUGUAUUUUUAUCUGUAUUCGCAAACAAGUACAGUUACCAACACACCAGCCAUUACUGCAUAAACCAAUACACUUAUCACUCAGCCUGUACUUGUUAUCCCUAUACGGCAUGUUACUAGUACGUACACAUAAACCGGUAUGCAUAUCAGUAUUUUGUCCUAUUACCAGUAUACAUGAAGUUUAUACACCUCGAUACCAUCCAAUAUACACAUAGCAUCACUUGGCUAGUAUACAUAAGCCUUUAUACAUAUUUCACCUCAAUGCAUACCGUCACUUUAUUAGUAUACAUAAACCUAUAAUAAUGCCCCUCGUAUACAUAGACAUAAUACCAGUACCAUCCCUUACCUGCGCCUAUAACGAACCCUCCCUUACACCUUCGUACCGUCCACAGCAGCAGCCUUGCCAGAACACGCAUGUUACCAGUGUAAUGAAUUGUAUGUUACAUUGUUACGUUACGUUUGCUACUCUGUUGUUAAUUACUUUUAUAUCCGGUUCACCUUUUUAUACGUAAAUUGUACAUAGUGUUUGUGUGGCUGUGGCAGUGUAUCUCCUUCCUAAGUUGUUUAUCUGCGUUUAGUUCAUCUUAUCAUACAUGCCCAACACACACUCAUUCCCCCGGGUUACUAGUGUUUUUUUUUUUUUUUUUUUUUUGGUGGCAUGCUGCUCCAUCAAGCCUGAAACACACCUUGAUUACAUGGUUAUGGGAGUGUGUAUGGUCAGGACGUAGCGAGAGACCUGGGGGACUGUGGGGAGCUUGGUUCCUUGAGAGGCUUCCAACCAACAUCAGGGUAAUUUUUAGAGGCUUCCAUUCUUCCUUCAUUUUUUUUCAUUUCGUUAGAGAGUACAGACUGUGAGAUCCAUUUGCGGGUUCUCUCUUUUGAUGGCCCCUAGAGCCUUUACAAAUAACAUCAGGGUAAUUUUGGGGGUCUUCCAUUCUUCCUCUGAUUUUUUUCGUUUCGUUAGAGAGUAUAGACUGUGAGAUCCAUUUGUGGGUUCUCUCUUUUGAUGGCCCCUAGAGCCUUCACAAAUAAGUCUGCUUCACCCUUUAGCUACGUCACUCUAUGGAAUCUAUAUACCGGAGAUCUCUUUGUGUUAAGUGUGACGCAUUGGUGACAGUAGUGUGAGGUGGUGGUCUCUGUAUACUGUGUGACGGCAUUGUGUUGUGGAUGGCGACGUGUGUGUGUGUGUGUGUGUGUGUGUGUGUGUGUGUGUGUACAGUGUUACUUUACGUUCAAAGUCUUCGUGUUCAUAGUCUUACACAUUUGCAUGAUUUUUACAUUACUUUACCGUAGACUCUCCAGUAUGACGCCCGUGUCUUCCUCUCCACGAACUCCACACCGGCAAUUAUAGUAAAUACAGGCCUUAGGGAUCUCAUUGACAGCACAGUAUGUAUAGAAAAUAUCUCACCAUUGAUCGUUACGGCAGGAUGUAUGUAUUUGUUCUUGAUUCUUAUUUAUUUUAGGGGAAGCAGACGUUCCUAGAGAAAUAAAUGUACGAUUUGACGUGUGACCAGUGUGUUGCGUCACGUCACUAACAAGGAAUGGUGGAAGCACAGAAAGGGAGGAACCCAGAGACCAAAAAAAAAAUUAAGGGGGAGGAGGAGGAGGGAAGCUAGCGACCAAAGAGAAAGAGAAGGGGAAGAGGAGUGAAGCUAGAGACCAAAGAAAAGGAUGAUGGGGUUGAAGGGACGCUAGAGACCAAAGAAAGGGAGGAAGGGAGAGAAGUGAAGCAAAGGACCAAAAGAGGGAGAAAAGUGUGCGGGUGUUGGCCCCAGAGAGUGAACUGUGGCAGGACUGUUCCUAAGACUUGUGUGCAGAAGGGAAAAAAAACAGUGAAGCGUAUUUUCGUUGUGGAUCACGAUAAACACCUAACAGCGCGAUGUUUUUAAGAGGAACUGAGUACUUUUGUUGUAUUGUAAAUUAUACCGAAGUGAAUUAAUAAUCAUACACCUAUCCUAAGAAACUGACGUGUACGUUAGUUCAAAUUUUAUGUAGGAGGGUCACUGUGCAGUAUAUUGAGUUUCAUGUCCAGAAAUUGAGUAUUCUUGCUGUGUAAAUGAAUUGUUUUAAGUAUGUCAAUAACCAUGUACCAAAGAAAUGGGUCAGCCUGAGUUGAUUACACUUUUUGUUUUAUCGAGAGCCGUGGAAGCCUGCCAACGUUGAAUGAUCGGGUGAGCAUGUGAGAGGAGACACAGUGCUACCUAGUUAUGUUUUAACGGCCGAGUGAGUGUCUGGUGAGAGGCUGUGUACCGGUGUGGGUGGGUCAAGAGUCGGUGUAGUACCUUUGUGCACUCUGUAUGAUGAAAUAAAGUCACCUCUGUAUUCA